AUGUCAUUAUCAUCGCCGCCAUCGGGAGACCUGUUUGUGAUGACCGGCGACCAGAAGGCCAGAUAUGAGUCGCAAUUCGUGCGGAUCUGUAGCUCGCGAUCGGACUUCAUAUCAGGAGAUCAGGCGAAGACCAUAAUGUUGGCGUCGGGUCUGCCGCCCAACGUCUUGGCCCACAUCUGGGCGUUGGCUGACGUGGACUCCGACGGGAAGAUGGAUAUCAACGAGUUCUGCAUCGCUCUGCACCUCAUCUCUCUUAGGCUCAAAGGCGUCGAUUUGCCGCAAACUUUGCCACAAUCUCUGAAGGUGUUGGUGGAGGCGCCCACUUUCGCCGCCUUUACAGACUUCGGCGCCUUUGGUGCGCCCAAUGUGCCCACACAGCCAUCGAUGUCCGCCCCCGGCAUGGGUUACGCGGCGAAUAUGUCAGGAGCGCCGCCCCCACGACCGGCCCCUCCGACGGCCGAAAUGAAGGUCCAGCGCUCGGGUUCUAUCACUUCAGGAGAUUAUCUGUUGACUGAGUGGGCGAUCCCUCAGCCCUCGAAACUCAAAUACACCCAACAAUUCAAUUCACACGACAGGACGCGUUCGGGUUUCCUGACGGGCCCUCAGGCGAGGAAUAUCCUCAUUGAGUCAAAGCUACCGCAACCAGUAUUGGCACAGAUCUGGAACCUAUCGGACAUCGAUUCCGACGGAAGACUCAAUUGCGAUGAGUUUGUCGUUGCCAUGCAUUUGAUUGAUUGCGUCAAAGCUGGAGAUCAAGUGCCCGCUGUUUUGCCGCCUGAUUUGGUCCCCCCUUCGUAUAGGCGUAAGAGAUCCCUGUCUGGAGUGACCGCUAUUCCCACCAUUUCUCAAGCGAUGGCGCCCGCGAUCGACGACAUUGUAGAAGAGGGCGGAAAGGGAUUUGUGGCGACAUUUGAGGACAAGAGGAGAGAGAACUUCGAGAAGGGACAGCAGGAGCUCGACAGACGACGACAGGCUCUCCUCGAGACUCAGAAGAGGGAACGGGAGGAAAGAGAGCGCAAAGAGAGGGAAGAGCACCAAAAACGCGAACAAAUAAGACUGGAACAGGAGAGGAAACGACAGGACGAGCUCGAGAGACAGGCGCAGAGACAGCGAGAAAUCGAGAACGAAAAGGAAGAGCAAAGACGUAAACAACUGGAACAGAGGGAAGCGGCCAGACGUGAGAUGGAAAGGCAGAGAAUGAUUGAGUGGGAAAACACCCGAAAGCAGGACUUAUCCAAUCAGAAGAUCAAGACUCAGGAAGAUCUCCUCAAAUUCAAGUCUAAGAAGAAGUCAUUGGCUUUAGAUAUGGAAAGAGUGAACAAUAAGUUGAAUGAAUUGAACGGAACGGUUGGCGAGACUCGCAAAAAGGUGGUCGACAUUAAGGCUGAGAUCGAUUCGAUGAGACUGGAAAGGGAUCAGAAGUUAGGACUUCUCAGCUCUAUUAAGGCUCAGAUCAAGGCUUUGAAUGACAGGCAGUUAUAUAUAGAGCAGGAGAAACUGAAUCUGACUCAACAGCUUAAGAAUACAGCGGCCGCUGCAGGCGCCGAGAACGCUGGCACCGAUCAGUUUGCCCUUCAAAACAAGCAAAUAAUAAUAAAUCAGUUGAAGUCCCAAAUCGAUCAGUUCGAGACCGAGAGGACCACCAAAAUGGCUGAUUUGGCCAAUAAUAACACACAACUCACUGAAUUGAAAGACAAAUUGCAGCAAAUGAUUGAGAGAACCACACAACUGGCCAAUGAAUAUGAAAGCAAGCGUCUGGAGGCACAGGAGUUCCGCGACUCUCAGAGUCAACAGACCAAUGAGGAUGUGAACGCCGGUUGGGGUCAAGAGGUUCCCACUAAUGUUGAGUGGCCUACAGAUGAUAGUGCAGUAAAAGCUGACCGAACGGUUACUAAAGUGAAGUACAGAUGUCUUUACACCUUCACAGCAAGAAAUGAGGACGAGUUGACUGUAGAACCGGGAGAUAUAGUACUCGUUGAUACGAGUGCCUGUUCAGAGCCGGGAUGGCUAUCAGGACACGUGAGAGGACAUACCGGUUGGUUUCCUGAGGCAUAUGUAGAGCUGAUUGAUGGCGAACCCAAUAAAAUCGAAACUGAGAGUAAUUUUGAUGUUCAGAGACGAACACCUCUCGAGGGUAUCGCAGAGGCGCCAGAGAAUGGAAACGAGUCCGAAGUGAUUGCCACCAAAACGUCGACUCAGUUCACCACUUCAGACGAGUCCAGUUUCCAGAAGCCGACCGCCAUUUCUAAGACCUCUGACUCAUCAUCGGAUUCAAUCAAAGCCAUCGCACAGUAUCCCUGGAAAGCCAAAGAGGACAACCACUUGUCCUUCUCUAAGGGAGAUGUGAUCACAAUCAAAGAGCAACAGGACAUGUGGUGGUUCGGACAACUCGACACCGCUUCCGGUUGGUUCCCAAAGUCAUACGUCAAACCAUUGGAUGCCACGGGAAAUGUCGCUCAAGAAGACGAAGAAUACUAUAUCUCAUUAUAUCCGUUUGAAUCGCAAGAAACGGGAGAUCUGUCUUUUGAUGCAAACGAGUUGAUUAAAGUGAUUAAAAAGGACGGCGACUGGUGGACAGGCGUUAUAAGCGACGCGAGGCAGGGGGUCUUCCCUUCCAAUUAUGCUCGAUCAGCACAACCCGACGAGAUUCCCAACCCAGUCCUAACAGAGCCAAGCAUUCCAGCGCCCAAAACCACUUGUGCGCCACCACUUCAUAGCCAAAUGUCGGCUCCGACUCCCCCACCCAACAGUGAUGGGGAAAAGUCGAAGUUAAAGAAACUGGAGAUCGUGACAGUGAUCGCGCCCUAUAAGGCCACCGGACCCGAGCAGUUGAGUCUGGAAAAGGGACAACUGAUUCAGGUUCGCAAGAAGACAUCUUCGGGCUGGUGGGAGGGAGAGGUGCAGGUCAAGGGCAAGAAGAAACAGGUCGGUUGGUUCCCCGCCUCUUAUGUCAAACCAUUGAACCCUUCGAGUGGCUCCGGCGGCUCUUCAGCCAGAUCUACACCCGACCCCAACAGACAGAAAGCCUCAGAGGAUAAGGAUUCAGAGAGAGUGAUAGCGUUGUAUGCAUUCCGGGCCCAACACGACGACGAGUUAACCUUUGAGACGAAUGACAUGAUUAAAGUAUUAGCGAAGGAGGACACCACGUGGUGGAGAGGACAGCUCAUCAGCACCGGUGCCGUCGGAUUGUUUCCUUCCAAUCACGUCGACGUAUAUCGCGAGCAAUACCAACAAAUCGACGAACAGAUCAGUGAAUACAAUGUUUAUGCAACUAUUGAUCCGCCAAUCAAUGGAUAUGACAGUGAGUUUGAAGAUGAAGAGGAGGACACGACUGGAUCCGAAUCCUAUAGUAUUACAGAUGACGAGAGGAAACGUCAAAAUCAUUUGAAUGAAUUCCUCGCCACUGAAAAUGCUUAUGUUGUUGAUAUGGCUAUUGUUAUAGACGUGUUCCAAAAGCCUCUCAAAGCCAGGAAUUGCAUAACAGAUGCCGAGUCUGAUGCAAUUUUUGUCAACUGGUCCAGAUUAGUUAGAUGCAACCAAAAAGCUCUUCGAAAUCGCAAACACCAUUACGUGAAAUACUGUUCGCGACAGUUAACGGCCGCUCGACUCAUACAAAACAAGACCGAAAAUGACCCCAAUUUUAAUGAGACGGCCAAACAGUGUUCGCAGGACUCGCGCGCCAACCGAUUGCCGCUCAGCAGUUAUCUCCUGAAACCAAUGCAGAGAAUCACUAAAUAUCCACUACUUAUCGGCAAAAUACUAGAGCACACGCCUACCUAUCACUGCGAUUAUGUUAACUGUGAAAAAGCCCUGAAAUUAUCUCAGGAGUUAUGUAAGCGCGUCAACGAGGCCUGUCGUAACACCGAAGACUCCCAGCGCUUACAGUGGAUUCAAAAGCAGAUCAGAGUCGACGGCAUCGAUCAGAACAUUGAUUUCAAUUCAGAAACCAAUUGUUUGGGUCGGCGCCAGUUAUUACAUUCGGGAACUCUUAUUAAAGCCAAUUCUGGCCGCGAAUUGAUUGCCUUCUUAUUCAACGAUUUCCUGUUACUCACAAUUGCUUUGAAAGAAUUGCCUAAAAUAACGAAUGUAUUCGCCUCUGAGAAAGCCCUGUCCGCUACCUAUCGACUAUACAAAGAGCCCAUUCUGUUGAAUGACAUAAUUAUUACGGAAUUGUCUCAAUUUGACACCAAUUUAGAUCCAAAUCUAUUUCAAAUUCAUGUCAAUUCUCAACAAAAGUAUUUCACUUUUAAAGCCAUUUCUACAAAUGAACGCUCGCUUUGGGUUAAGUCUAUAGACGUCUCUUCACGACAUUUCCGAGACGUCGAAAGACUUGAGCUUUUGUCGACAAAAACAUUAAAUUUAACUAAAUUGCGAAAAAUUGGCCGAUUAUUCGUAACUGUGAUCGAAGGCCUUCAGCUAACAUCUAAUAAUAACGUGAUGAAUGCAUUUUGUAAGAUAAGUAUUGGUAAGAAUGAAGAGCACAUAUAUCAGACCCAUUCCACAAAAGUGGUCCGUUGCGUGGCUACUAGCCCUACCGGUGACCGAUCAUUGAUCUCACGUUCUUCGCCGUCGAUUGUCACUCGAAAUCAGAUAAACAUUGUCUCGAAGUCUAAUUUAUUUAAACUCAAGUGGAAUGACUCCACACAACUCAUUGUCUACGAAGACAUGAAUAACUUAUUGCAAAUCAAAUGCUAUGAUCGCAACCCAUUCGCUGCCAACUAUUUGAUCGGUUCAUCCGCGCUAUCAGUCCGUGAAUUGGCCGAACAGAUGAGUCAAAUCCAAGGCCCCAUCACUAAGGAAGUGCGGCUCACGUCCGGUGACAACAACCCGAAUGCCAAUCCCAGCGUUUACUUAAAGCUUGAUUUACAAUAUUUUGACAAAUGAUGCGAC